CACACCCUAAGCAAGUAUUCGUGGUCAAAAAAGGUGUGGAGAGAGAACAAAAAGUGACAGAGCAAAGGCUCCACAGUGAAAAACAAAGCAAGUAAAAAGCUCUUCAACUUCGUUUCGGCGCCAAAAAAGAAAAAAAUGCAAGUCGACGACGAUCUUCACGCCCUACUCGACGAACAACGCCGUGAAAUAGCCGCCGCUGAAACCGUCGAUGGCGAUCUCCUCUUCGCCUUUCAACUUCAAAUGCAAGAGGCUAUGAGCGCUUCAAAUUCAAAACCGGCCAUUAACGGUGAAAGCAUCAUCGGAAGUAACGAUGUCACCACUCUUUUCUCCGAGGAAUUGUUAAACUACGAACAACAAUUUCACGACCGUCAAACAGCCGAAGCGGAGAUGAAGAAAAUCGAAGACGAUCUCAACCGUCGAAUCCACGAUCAGGCCUUCGCGCGUGAGAUACAAAGCGUGCCGGAGGGCGAGUGGAAAGAGACGGGGGAUCAUUUGCAUAGGCCGUACGGUGAGGGUUCAUCGAAAGGUGGGGCCCAAAAUGGGAAUGAGGAUUGUUUUAGGGUUUAUGUGAAGGGUUUAAUGGGAGAAGAGGUUGAAGAAGAGAGUGUUGCUGUGGUUGUGGGAACCAAACAACAACAACAACUCGCUGGGAUUGGGGUUGCUGUGUGUGAUCCCAGUGGUAUUUUGGUGUUUGAAGUGAGUAAGGGUUUGGGUGAAAGCACUACUGAAGUGUUGAAUGAUGAAAUUGUGGAGCUGAAAGCGCUGAUUGAAGGGCUUGAUGUUGCUGUAAUGUUGGGUUUGAAAAGGGUUAAUGUUGUUUUGGAUAGUCAAACUAUCUUGCAAUAUGUUAGGGGCAAGUUGCAUCCGAGGAACGGUAAUGUUAUUGCACUUGUUGAACAAGCAACUUCUCAUCUAAGAAAAUUUACAGAUUGUGUACCAUCUCUUGUGUCACAGAAUACCGUCAACUUUGCAAUUAAACUUGCUACUGAUGCAAUAGUCUCUCAGGUUAGAGGACCAGCAGAAAGUAGUCUUCAAAAGAGCAUCACCGAGACUUGUACUAUAUGUCUGCAAGAUACUGAUGUAGAUCAUAUGUUUCUAAUUAAUGGUUGCCUGCAUUAUUAUUGCUUUUCUUGUAUGAAUAAACAUGUGGAAGCUAAACUCCUUCAAGGAAUGCUACCUGAAUGCCCUCAUGAUAAAUGCAAGUCUGGGUUGAAAAUAGAUAACUGCAAAAAGUUCUUGACGCCCAAGCUAUAUGAUUUGAUGAAUGAACGUGUCAAGGAAACUACUAUUCCUAUCACGGAAAAGAUUUACUGCCCAAAUCCUAAGUGUUCUACAUUGAUGUCAAAAUCUGAGGUCCAAAUUACUGCUCCAAAUGCCUUUGUGGGAAACGAGCAAGUUGGGGCUAGAAUGUGCACGAAAUGCCGUCUCCAUUUCUGUAUCAAUUGCAGAGUUCCUUGGCAUCAAAACAUGACUUGCUUUGACUAUAGAAGACUUAAUCCUUACUUGUGCGUAGACGAUGUAAAGCUCAAGUCUCUUGCCACAAAGAGUCUUUGGCGUCAGUGUGUAAAGUGCAACCACAUAGUGUCUCUUGGGGAAGGUUGCUACCAUAUUUACUGCAGAUGUGGUCACGAGUUCUGUUAUACAUGCGGAGCUGAGUGGAAGAACAAGAAACCAACAUGUUCCUGCCCAAUAUGGGAUGAGCGAAAUAUCAUUUAUGGAAAUAGACCCCAACCAAGGAGAGGCUGAGCAGGAUGUCAUCGUUCCGGUCUAUUUAGCACCUAAAGUGUUGCAGAGACUGGUCAUCAGUGGGAGGAGAUAGGAGUAUAUUCUUUCAUAUGUACAGUUCUUUUAAUUCGUGGGGCACUAAUAAUCUUUUUAAUACAUGCUGCAAGAAUGACAGUACUAGUAGAUAUUAGAUGUGUCCAAAGCACCCUCCCUCAACUAGGAGUUUUCAGAUACACAAAUUCCCUUUUCUGUUUGUUUUAAUUGUGCUAGUCUAUAGCUUUUUUA